AUGAGCUGGUUCAUCUUCUGCUCUUCCGACGCUGCCUGCCAGGCCAUUCGAGAGCUUGUGCUGUCAGAGGUCGAGUACAAGGUUCAGGAGAAGACGGACGAGAUGUGGAGCAGGGGAAAGCAGGUGGUUGCGCAAAUGAAGCAGCGCCACCAGCAGACAGUGCAGCAGCAUUUGGAUGAAAUCGCCUCCCUGCAGAAGAGCAGCCAGGACCUGGAAGAGGAGAAUCUUCGCCUGAAGCAGAUCGUCCAAGAGCUCGCCACCAAAUUGGCAGCUGUCGGAGGCAACUACCUCAAUGGCAAGAAGGACUUCUCGCCUGACUCAUGUGCGAGCACCACAGCCGAAGAGCCUGAGGUCACCAAGCACGCGGAGGCUCCCAUGCCCUACACUCCACGACCUCGUGUAGAUCCAGAUGCAAUGGUGUUGCCGGAGGUUCCAGGCUUUCCUCUGCCUACGUCACCGAUUCCACUCUCGCCUGCUGCACCAAUCUCCUUGGCCGAGUCCCUGGGUCAGGUGACCCCCCAGCGUCAGCCACUGUCGCUGGUGAAUUCCUUGACACCUACCAUGGAGAUGCCAUCGCCCUUCACUGUCAAUGGACGUGCGGGAGCAGGUAUGAUUGGCGGCAACGGCAUCUACAGCUUUACUCUUCGCAAGGCAGAUGGUGCUGAGCUCGGGCUCAAUGUGUCGCACUCCACGGAAGAACGUGUGCUGUGUGUGGAGAGUAUUCGGCCUGGUGGAGCCGUGGAUUCGUGGAACCGUCAAUGCCUAGGAGGUCCGGUCGCUGAGAAAGCUGUGAGACAUGGGGAUCGCAUUAUCAGCGUCAACCACAUCUGCUAUGACCCAAACAAAAUGCUCCAGGAGUGCAAGGAAAAGCAGCUCUUGAAGCUGACGAUCGCGCGUGGGAAUGUCUCAUUGCCUUCAGCACCAACACAG